UUGAGCGAGAUUCUCCAUGUCAAAUUGCAUUUCGAUUCACAUUUGAUGUGAACAAUUGCCUCUCUAGACAUCUACUUUGUCUGAACAUUCAAACAACCUAGAGAAAAAGCAUCACUGAAAUUACUGCUUUUUGGUCAAACAACCGGUCAGCAAGGAUGUUGCUGCCACAGUUGUUGCUCAUAUCUACUUUAUUUGUAUGGAAUAUCCAAGCUGGUUUCGACCCAAAGUGUUAUGAAGAUGAGCUUACCUAUGUGAAUUUUCAUGGAAAACGAAGGGAAUUUAGGACUGCAAAUGGUACUUGUAAUAAUCUAGGGAACAAGUACUGGGGGGCUGCUUAUAAUGAAUAUUCACGUCUCAUUCCACCGGCUUAUAUCGACGGUUAUGACAAACCAAAAAUAUAUGGAAAGAGUGGAGGAUUAUUACCAAACGCUCGUGUUGUUAGGUGCAAUCUAUUUAGGAAACCUUUCAAUGCGAAAUUCCUGUCAAAACUGAGUCUUUUUACUGCGUUCUUCUCUCAGGCUAUUUCCCAUGAUUUGUCUGACACAAGUCGACCAUCAAAUAUUGAUUGCUGUUCUGGCCCUUUGAGGAACAAAUCAAUAUGCUUUCCUAUAGUUUAUAGCAGUCACUGUCCCCUGGAUAAAUGUAGUGGUUACUACAAUUCAUAUUAUGGCUUCCCGAAUUACUACCUAAAUGGUCGUUAUCUCCUUCAUUAUCCUCCUCAUUAUCCACUUCGUUAUCCACUUCAUUAUCCAGUUCAUCAACAAUCAAUUCAUGUCAGUCAGAAAAACAACCAUAACGUCAACGUUCAUCUGAAUCAAAAUCUUCACCACCAUCAUCACCACCACCACCACCAUGGUGACCACUAUCUUGCCCCACACAUUUACAACCAGCUCUAUCCCCAUUAUUACCCCAGCAAAACCCUUUAUAAUUACCAUCUUGGGCCAUAUGGAAAAAAAUUAACAUCACACAGUCACACUCAGGUGUCUCAUGCUCGCACUCAGGUAUCUCAUGUUCGUUCACACUUACUGCAUCCUUUUGGAGGAUUGAGUCACACACAAAGCCAUGCAUUACACAAGCAUGCACAUUUAUUGCAUACUCACUCACACUUGGCUCACCAGCAUGGAGGUUCACUUCACACUCAGAGUCAUUUGUCACACAAGCAUGAGCACAUAGCUCAUGCUCACUCACACUUGUUGCACCCAUAUGAAGGGUUGAUCCACACUCAAAGCCAUGCAUUACACAAGCAUGCACGUUUAUUGCACUCUCACUCCCACUUGGCCCAUCUUCACGGAGGGUUACUUCACACUCAAAGUCACUUGUCACACAAACUCAAGCACUUAGCUCAUGCUGACUCACACUUAACUCAUGCUCACUCACAUUUAGCUCAUGCUAACUCACACUUGUUAUAUCCUUAUAGAGGGUUGAGCCACACUCAAAGUCAUACAUUACACAAGCAUGCACAUUUAUUGCACUCUCACUCCCACUUGGCCCAUCUUCACGGAGGGUUGCUUCACACUCAAAGUCACUUGUCACACAAACUUGAGCACUUAGCUCAUGCUGACUCACAUUUAGCUCAUGCUCACUCACAUUUAGCUCAUGCUCACUCACACUUGUUACAUCCUAAUGGAGGGUUGAGCCACACUCAAAGCCAUGCAUUACACAAGCAUGCACAUUUAUUGCACUCUGACUCCCACUUGGCUCAUCUUCAUGGAGGGUUACUUCACACUCAAAGUCACUUGUCACACAAACUCGAGCACUUAGCUCAUGCUCACUCACACUUGUUGCACCCAUAUGAAGGGUUGAUCCACACUCAAAGCCAUGCAUUAGACAAGCAUGCACGUUUAUUGCACUCCCACUCCCACUUGGCCCAUCUUCACGGAGGGUUACUUCACACUCAAAGUCACUUGUCACACAAACUUGAGCACUUAGCUCAUGCUGACUCACACUUAACUCAUGCUCACUCACAUUUAGCUCAUGCUAACUCACACUUGUUAUAUCCUUAUAGAGGGUUGAGCCACACUCAAAGUCAUACAUUACACAAGCAUGCACAUUUAUUGCACUCUCACUCCCACUUGGCCCAUCUUCAUGGAGGGUUACUUCACACUCAAAGUCACUUGUCACACAAACUUGAGCACUUAGCUCAUGCUGACUCACACUUAACUCAUGCUCACUUACAUUUAGCUCAUGCUCACUCACACUUGUUACAUCCUAAUGGAGGGUUGAGCCACACUCAAAGCCAUGCAUUACACAAGCAUGCACAUUUAUUGCAUGCCGAUUCGCACUUGGUGCACAAACACAGUAGGCUGCUGCACACAUUGCAUAGUCACACUUCCCACAGUCACACAUCGCACAGUCACACAUCGCACAGUCACACAUCAAACAGUCACACAUCACACAGUCACACAUCACACAGUCAAACAUCACACAGUCAAACAUCACACAGUCAAACAUCUCAUAGUCACACUCACACCCCUCGUACCUUCUUAAACUUGCCACACUACUAUACAGAUACUCAAGAACCCUCUCUGGGACAUCAUUAUCCCUAUGAUCUUUACUCUUCUAAAACAAACUCCUUUCACACCUUUUCAGACCCUUAUCAUUUUAAAUCAAGCAAAUAUCAUGAUGAUGUAACCCAAACUUACAAUGAUGAUGAUUACUUACCCCGUUAUAAAAGAUCUGUUUCUAAACCCACUAAACCCACUAAACCCACAAAACCCACUCCUCCUAAAUCUCAUAACUAUCCUGACAAGCAUCCUUAUCAUACUAAAUAUGAUUAUCAAGGCUCUAAAUAUUAUCACCGUUAUGGUUCUAAAUCUUAUAACUAUUAUGAUAAGGGAUAUCCUUCCGGUCCCAAAUCACACAAAUAUAUUAAAUCCUACCCAAAACCUUAUUAUCCUUAUAACUACAAAAAUUUUUACCCUUCUAAAAGUUAUCCCCCUCACCCCUUUUCAAACCCUUACUAUUCUAAACAAAGCAAAUAUUAUGAUGGUGCAACCAAUUUUUAUGAUGAUGAUGAUGAUGAUUACUUACCCCGUUAUAAAAGAUCUGUUUCUAAACCUCUUCUUCCUCAUGCCUUGGCACACCAUUUUCUUGAUAAACAUCAUUUUCAUGCUGAAUCUCACCAUCAUCACGUCUUUAAACAUCAUCGUUAUCAUGGCUUUAAAUCUUUUCACCAUCAUAAGCCUAAAUCUUAUCCCCAUCAUAAGCCUAAAUAUUAUCCCCAUCAUAAGCCUAAAUCUUAUCCCUAUCAUAAGCCUAAAUCUUAUCCCUAUCAUAAGCCUAAAUCUUAUCCCUAUCAUAAGCCUAAAUCUUAUCCCUAUCAUAAGCCUAAAUCUUAUCGUCAUGGUCCCUAUCGCUUUUAUAGUAAAGGACACCCUUCCAAUUUCAGAUCUCACCGACAUCAGCAACACUAUGAAUUCCCUUAUUAUUGGAAUCCCUACUACAUUCCUGAAUAUGACCAUUUUAGUCGAUCUUACAACCCCAAAUCCUACUGGCCUCCUUUUGGAAGACAUAAGAGAUCUGCUGAUAAAAACUCAUAUUCUUCAAAACCCCACCAACAUUACCCCUAUGAUGACUGUUACUCAUUGAAACUCCAACCCCCUCAUCACCACUAUGGAAGCUUUUACACUUCUAAACCCCAUGACCCUCACCACUAUGGAAGCUCUUACUCUUCUAAACACCAUAACUAUCACCACUAUGGAAGCUCUUACUCUUCUAAACACUAUGACACUCACCACUAUGGAAGCUCUUACUAUUCUAAACACCAUGAUCCUCACCACUAUGGAAGCUCUUACUAUUCUAAACACCAUGAUCCUCACCACUAUGGAAGCUCUUACUAUUCUAAACACCAUGAUCCUCACUACUAUGGAAGCUCUUACUAUUCUAAACACUAUGACCCUCACCACUAUGGAAGCUCUUUCUUAUCAAAAUCCCACAACCUUCACCACUUUGGAAGUCUUUACUCUUCUAAACCCUACGAUCAUUACCCCUAUGGAAGCUCUUAUUCAUUGAAACCACAGUAUCCGUACCAGUAUGGAGACCUUUACUCUUCUAAACCUCACUAUCUUCACUACUAUGGAGGCUCUUACAAAGUACCAUGUAAGAAAUCUUGUAUAAAUCUUGUACGAUCAUCAAAGUCGCCAUUUAUCAGCACUGUUCGAGAACAAGUGAAUGAAGUGACCUCAUUCUUGGAUGGAUCCUUUAUUUAUGGAACACACGACCCGAGAGAACUGCAACUAGGAAAAUAUGGAUUGCUGAGAACAUCUGAAUGCUUAGGCUUACCAUUUCCACCAAUAAGUAAAUACAAGAAUAAUCACUUCUUCAAACAUUCAACACCGUACCCCUGCUUCAAAACAGGAGACAGCAGAGAUAGCAGUAAUGUCAAUCUUAUUGUCCUCCAUACAAUAUUUCUGCGAGAACACAACAGAAUUGCUUGGAAACUUCACUUAUUAAAUCCCCACUGGAAUAAUGACCAGUUGUUUUAUACAACGCGAGAUAUAAUCGGUGCUAUACUUCAACACAUAACAUACAAUGAAUACCUACCGAUCAUCCUCGGUUAUAAAACAAUGAAAAGUUUGAGACUUACCAGUGAUUGUAAAUACUAUUACAAUGACAAACUAAAUCCAUCCAUUAUAAACUCUGUUGCAACUGCAGUAUUCCGUUUUAGCCAUUUCAUGCUCCGAGCCAAUAUUUUAUCAUACUAUGAUAACAAAGGUGCUCCAGUAUGUCACUUGAAAGAUAAAUUUGUGCUCUUCAAAAAACAUCCAUUGAUAUGCUCUAAAAAGAAGUAUUACUUCCCAUUUAGCAGCCUUAUAAAGAGUACAAAACCACUCUUUAAGACCAUUACUCGUGCCCCGAACUUCAUCAGAGGUCAGUUAAACCAACAUGCACAGCAGAUUUCAGCUUUCAGAAUUGAUGAAUUGGGUGAUAUUUUCUCCAAAAACCAAUUUGAUCUUGGCAGUGUCUUCAUACAAAAGGGAAGAGAUCAUGGUUUGCCCGGUUACACUCAUUACAGGAAGUUGUGUGCAUCCUUUUAUGAUAAAUAUGCUCCUGUGAAGAGUUUCUUGGAUUUGGUCAACCAUCCUUUGUUUGUUAGAAAGAAAUUGAAGACACUUUACAAAUGUGUGGAUGAUAUUGAUUUAUUAGUUGGUGGAAUAACAGAGACACCAACAAAUGGUGCUGUCUUUGGACCACUCUUCCAAUGUCUAAUGGGAACUCAGAUGUCUAAAUUAAAGUUUGGUGAUAGGUUUUGGUACCAGAACCACAGAUUCACACCAGCACAACUGGCAUCAAUAAGCUCAGUGAAGAUGAGCAGAAUUAUCUACGAUAACACAAAUGUCAAAGACAUUCAACCAAACCCAUUCUAUGUGCCACAUUGUUAUGGAUAUGAUUGUGGAUAUGACCGAAAAUAUUUCCCCUUCAAACCAAUUGAUUUGACUCCUUGGAAACAGUAUUAUUAAUGGAAGUUUAAGAAAGACAUUUUAUUCCCUGUAAAGACGACUCGACAUAUUUGGAAAUAAUGGAUACUUAUAUAUAUAUAUAUUGCUUUUAAAUGAAUUAAAAUUUUGAGAGGGUUGCAUCAAUUUUUCUUCUUUUGAUGUCAGAAUCAAGUAAUUGUAGAUCUGGUUUAAAAUAAAGUUUUGUUUUGCCCUUA